CCGGCUUCAACAGACCGCAGGGCGCGCUGUGGCGGCGGCAGCAGCAGCAGCCGCAUCGCCUCAGACGGGAGGCGACAGAUACAAAUUAAAGUUUCAGUUUAAACAAAAACAAGUUUUGUUGUUCAACUUUAAAAGUUGACGUUGUUCUAGUGGCGAGUGUCCUUGCGAGAUGGCAGUGCCACAGCUGCUGAUGGCGACGAUGAUGUUGGCGAUGAUGAUGUUGGCGAUGAUGAUGGCAAAAGUUGGACCGGCGGCCGCAGCCGUAGCGGGCUGCGUGGAGGGCCGGGGGGAGCUGUACCGUGGCGCCGAGUCGACGACCGCCGGGUCGGGACGCUGCCUCAACUGGGGAGCCGUUGUCAGCAGAGACUACGACACACAGCGGCACCCCGAUGGCGACACGGGAGUGGGAGACCACAACUUCUGCCGGAACCCGGACGGUGCGCCGAGGCCCUGGUGCUACGUGGCGCCCGUGGUGGGGGGGGGCUCCCCCGUGGGGGGGGGCUCCCCCACGGGGGGGGGCUCCCCCGGGCCUCACCGGGCCUACUGCUCCCUCACCCCGUGCACCGGAGAUGGUGGGACGUCGCGCAUGGAGGUGGAGCGAUCUCCCCCCCCUCCCCCCUCCUCCUCCUCCUCCUGGGCCCCCCGAACUCGGGGCCCCCCAAUCCUGCGAGACCCCCCCACGGACUCCGGAGUGGGGGGCCAGGCCAGCUACUCACCUACUACACCCAGCGGGGGCCUGCUCACGGGGCUGUCUGGGGGACCCCCACCCCCCCGGCUGUCUCCUGUGCUGCCCGACGCCCAGAGGUCUUCGGGGAGCAGAGGGCAGAAGAAGGACCUGGGCAUGAUGGGUCACGUGAUUGGGAUCUCCAUGAUGGUGAUCAUCCUGCUGGCUGGAGGAGGAAUCUCCUUCAUGUACAUCCGCAAGAG